CAGAAACAAAGUCCAAGCGACCAAUCAGAGUAAAGCUACAAGUACAUAAACCUGCUACCAGGGCCACAAGCCAACAAAGUUUUUCUGGAGGAGCCGUGGGGAAGUCGACGGGAGAAAAAGUGAACUGUCGGAGUAAAAGUCUUCAGACCUCUAAAUAUACGUCCAGUUCUUGUUCAACUUGUCCCGAAUUCGUAGAAAACAUGAAGGUCUCAGUUCUACUGCUGGUGACGCUGGUUCUCCUGGCCGCCUCCACCGCUGCCAUGGACCUUGAGGACGUCAAGACCAAAAACGACGUCAGAGCGUACAUCAAGGCGGCCGGCAACAAAGUCGAAGCCGCCAAAGCGCUCCACGCCAAGAUGGUGUCCCAAGGCAAGGACAAGAUCGCCAAGAGGUUCAUAAAAAGGGCCAGGAGGGCCUUCAAAAAGAGGAGGCAGCAAAGGAAGGACGACUGAAGAAAUUUAUAAGAACUGAAUAUUACUGGACAAUGGACGGUUCCUCGACUACUCAGUGAUACUUGUCUGAUAUUGUAUCGUUUACGUCUAAACGUUUCAACUUCAUUUGAUACUUCAUUUUAAGUACAUACGUGACAUUAAUAAUUAUACGUGAAAUUCAUCUGCCAACAGAACAAAACUUACUCCAUGUGAUAGAAGCUAAAACUGUCGUGUCACAAAUAAUCUGGAUGUUCAUUGAAGGAGCCUUUGAAUAAAAUUAUGAAUUUGC